AUGGAGUCAGAACAUCAUCCUAAGUUAAAUCCAGUGAGAGUGUUUCAAGCACUUCAUGGAAAUUCUGUGGAAAAUGAAGAAAAUCAUACAAGUCUAUCUGAAUACCAUGACUAUGAGCCAAGAUUGGAAUUUGAUGACUCUGAAUUGAUUCAAACAGCAGGUCUUGCUCCUUUACCCCCAGAGCUUUUAGACAUACCUGAAGAAUUUCUUGAGCAUUCUGCUAGUGAUGGAACUAUUGAAGAGAAUUUUGAAGAGGAAUUGGCUCGGGCGCCGGAAGUUUAUGCAGAGAUAUCUGGAUCAUCCCUGGAAGACGAUAACUUCGCAGAUUUGAACGGAACUAGAUUAAUCGAAGUAGUCGGCGAUGACGAGAUGGGACGACGUAUCAUAGUCGUAUCCGCCUGUAGGCUUCCACCCAGCAAAGAUUUGCAUCCUGACAAACUGUUAAGCUAUUUUAUGUUUACUCUGGAUAAAUAUGUGGAGCAAGAUUAUAGCGUUGUAUAUUUUCACUGUGGACUGACUAGUAAGAACAAACCGCCUAUAUCAUGGUUAUGGAAGGCGUACAAGGCAUUCGACAGAAAAUACAAGAAAAACCUGAAGGCGUUGUACCUGGUGCACCCGACUAAUUUCAUAAGGAUCGUGUGGCAGAUGCUUAGACCGGCAAUCAGUGUUAAGUUCGGAAGGAAGAUGAUGUAUGUGAACUAUUUGUAUGAACUAAAACAACAUUUGAAUCUGGAUAAGCUGUGCAUACCGAGGGCAGUGCUUGAAUAUGAUGCUUUGCUGUUAUCCAAGAACCCUCGAGCUGCAGAAAUGGCUAAAAUAAGUAAUGAACAUCCGGAGAAGCCACUAGACGAAGGUGACACGAAAUCGGGGCCAAUAAAAAGUCUGUCUCCUCCCCCGACACAACAGUUUGGCGUUUCCCUCCAAUUCAUCAAAGAGAAUAACGCUAAUAUGGUGGAAUCCAUACCGCCUGUAGUCAAGCAGUGCGUCGAGUUCUUAUCGCAACCAGACGCCCUAGAGACCGAGGGAAUAUUCCGUAGGUCGGCGAACAUAUCAGUUAUAAAAGAGCUGAUGAGGGCAUGUAACAGAGGAGAACCGAUCUCGUUCAAUAACGAUCCGCACGUUGCCGCAGUCCUACUCAAAACAUUCCUGCGAGACCUCGAGGAACCCCUCAUGACAUUUGAGUUAUAUGACGAAAUACUCAAGUUCCAGACUUGGUCUCACAGAGAUAAACCGAGGCAAGUCAAAAUAUUAAUCCUAGAAGGUUUACCAUUGGACAACUAUAAACUACUAAAAUUUAUUAUCAACUUCUUAUGGAAGGUUCAGGACAGAAGUUGCCUUAACAAAAUGACCAGUAGCAACUUAGCAGUGGUUUUCGGUCCGAACUUAGCUUGGCCGCCGAAGGGGCAAAUGUCACUACAAGCCAUUGCACCAAUCAACGCGUUCACAGAUUUCCUACUUGAGAACCAGGAGUCCAUAUUCAUCAUCUGA